AGAGCCAGACAUGUCAAAUGUGAUGAGACACCGGGUGCGUGCAAUCAAUGCACCUACACCGGACGCCACUGCGAAUACGAUGCUAGCCGGUUGCCACGCAUCUCUGGAGCAGUUGCAAGGACCAUCUGGCCACAGUUCGUUCUACAGAUCGCCCCCACUACCCAACCGGAUACCAGCACUGACGAACAACGAUGCUUUGGCAUUUUCUUCCAUCAAACGGCGCCCAGGAUGGCCGACUGGUUCAAUUCGGAGGUAUGGCAGCGGAUAGUCCUGCAGAUCAGCCAUGCGGAGCCGGCCGCCUACCACACCGCCGUGGCUCUGAGUGCGCUUCACGAGGAUGUCGAGAUGCGCGGCCUUUGCCGCACUGGCAAGCAGGGUAUGCAUGAUUCGCAUCAUCGCUUUGCGUUCGAGCAGUAUGGCAAAGCGAUGGUCAUGCUCCGGCGACGCUUGGCGUCGAAUGAUCCUCAGGUCCGGCUGGUGGUCUUGAUAUGCUGUAUCACUUUCAUCUGCGUCGAGCUGCUUCAUGGCAGCUACAAGAGCGCGGGCGUGCAUCUGCGGAGGGGAGUG